AAUUGCAGCUGAGUUGUCCAUUAAUAUAAAAUUCAAUUCAUUCACUGUACAGAUGUGAGAUGAGAUAGUUUUCCGAGGAUCGGCAGUCUCGCUUCCUGGUCGUAGCUGAACGUGUCAGCGUGACGCGUUGCCGAACCUCGGCAAUUUUUUGACAGUAUCAAAUACCUUUUUCCAUGCUCUUAAAAUCUUCUGACAACCAGAUCCCCGAAAGCUGCCAACUGACUGCGCAUAACCGCGCCAGGACCCGCGGCAUGACGUUUCGAAAUUAAACGCUUCGACAUCAAUUGCUCAACCCCCUUUUCCCAUUCUUUCGUGUUGAAAUAUGCUCUGUUCAAGAUCAUCUUUGGUUUGAAAAUACUCUAUAUUUAAGCAUUGAAUUGAAUGAAACCAACAAGGCUGGCGGAUAUAUAAGCAACGCCCGCUAAAGCAACGGUAAAUCAAUUGCGGCACCCCGCUAAACGGCCAGGCUGCUAAGGGCCAGGCUAGUUUGGUAGCCUUUAUCAGAGGGAAUCAAUCUAGCACAUCACCCACCAAACCCAACAUGGGCGACCAUAGCAACGAUGACGGGGCAAUCCCCUUCCCGACGUUGAUUCGUCCACCACCGGAGGACCCCAACAAGGCUCCGAUCGAAAACGUCCUGGACGUGACGGAGAUGACCGUCCUCGGCCGGGACGUCUUCACCAACACCCGCCCGGCGUGGCAACCCCCGGGAGCACGCGGCAUUUUUGGCGGCUCCGUCAUCGCCAUGUGCCUCUCGGCUGGGCAAAAGACGGUCCCGGCCAACUUCCUCGUCCACUCUUGCCACUGCUACUUCCUCCUGGCGGGGGCUAACGAGGUGCCCAUCCUGUUCCACGUCGAGCGCGUGCGCGACGGCCGCUCCUACGCCACGCGCACCGUGCAGGCCCGCCAGCGCGGCCGCUGCAUCUUCACCACCACUGUCAGCUUCGUCAAGGAGACGCCCGACGCGGAGCACAAGGAGAACCAGAACGUCGUGCGCCACUCGGCCAGCAUGCCGGCCGACGCCGGGCCCCCUCCCCCCGACGACCUGGACGAGGUGCCACAGCUGGCCUGGCUCGGACCCUUCCAGUCGCGCCGCAUCAAGGUCACCAACAUGGACAGCCCCGAAGUCCACAACCGCAAGUCGCGGCAGUGGACGAGGGCCAGGGGCAAGAUCAGCGCCCAGGGCGGCGUCCAGGCCCACAUGAACGCGCUGGCCUACGUCAGCGAUAGCUACUUUAUCGGCACCAUCUCCAGAAUCCACAAGCUGUGGAGGUUCCCGGUUAAGGUCGACGAGAUUGACACGCUGGAUCCCUGGGUGGUGCAGCAAAUCAAGGACUUGCAUGAGUUUGACGGUGGUGGUGAUUUGAAGGAGUGGGCUGAUCGGCCCACGCUGGGCAUGAUGGUCAGCCUUGACCAUAGUAUCUAUUUCCACGAGCCCAGAAGCAUCAAGGCGGACGAGUGGAUGUUCCAAGAAAUGGAAAGCCCUUGGUCUGGAGAUGGAAGAGGUGUAGUGAUCCAAAGGAUAUUCAACAAGGAAGGUGUCCUGGUAGCUACGUGUGUUCAAGAGGGUAUUGUGAGAUUAAAACCAAAGGAGGAGGAAGAGACGAAGGCUAAAUUGUAAACCACCCUAGAGCAGAGUUCUGUUGAUUUGCGAGGAAGCUUGUGCGCAUCAGAUGUAUCAAAGAAUGUAAAGCUGUGAUGUGUACCCCUGAUUUUGUUGUCAAAUAUACAAAACGUGUUCAAAGUGAAACCUCAGAAGGUAGAUAAGCAGGCCCACACAAGAUCAGUGUCAACAAAUGAUUACGGUCCUAUGCUAGCAGCUAAGGGUAUAACCUUGAUCUAUGCACGCGCAUCUGCA